AUGAAGAUUUCAAAAUUAAUUUAUUUAUUUAAUAUUUUAUUUGUUAUCCAAAUAUUGAAACCAUAUAUCUGCUAUGGUUUCACUCGUGAAAAUGGAAAUACUGAUUCAGUUGAGGAUAUUGAUGAAUAUUUAAAGAAAAAAGAUAGAAAUAAAAAAAUUUUAAUUUCUACUGCAAUUAUAGCAGGAACAUUACUUACAGCAGCUGCAAUAGGAGGAGGAUUGUAUUUUACCAGGGAUAAACGUAAAUCUAUAUGGUCAAAUGAUAAAUUAGGGGAUACUGCUUUUGAAAUUCUCAUGGAAUCAGAAUUAGUAGCAAGCCAAAAGGCAGUAGGCUGUUCUGGAAAAAGUAAAGCAGAAAAAGAUAAAGUGAUUAAUCAAAAGAAUAUUAAAAGUAUUAUUAAUGAAGAAAUGGAUAAACAUAAUGUAAAAUUUUCUUCAAGUCAAAAAAGGGAAAUAUAUAAGUUUAUCCCUUUCAUUAGUCAUAUUAUGAAACAUAAUUUAAAAGAAUAUGAAAAAAUAUAUGGUAAUGCAUAA